GAAAAGGAGAAGCAUGGAAAAACGCAGACAAACGAUGUUGUUCCGAAAAGAAAGAAAAAGGAGGCCCCUUGAGAUGCCAUGUAGAACAGUAACCCUCAGUCCAGAGAGAAAAGAAAAAGGGUUGGGUUGAGAUGGGAGAAGAAGGAAAUGAGACGAUAGAAUGAUGUUUCUUUUAAGCUAAGCAAUAAAGUGAGAGAGGGAGAGAGAAAGAGAGAGAGAGAGAGAGAGGGUGUCCCUUUCGAAAGGUGUGGUGGGAUGAUGUAAAGGAGUAGUCUUGGAAAAGGGGGGCAUCGAGACAGUGGGUAAGAAAUGUGUGUGAAAUGUAACCAACGGUUUGAGGAUGUGACUGGGAAGUAAAAAUGGUGAAUAUAAAAUAAAAAAGAAGGGUGAAAAGUGGAAGAAAGAGGGAGGAAGAGAGGGAGUUUUGGUGAUUGAAUGAGUUUUGGAUGGGUUGGUGGGUGGUGGUGUCAUGGUAUGUGUAAUGUAGUACAACAACACUGCUCAUUACAUUACAUCUUAAACAUUCAUUCUCAAACAUCUUCUUCACUUCUCUUCUCUUCUCUUCACUCUCUCAUCAUCUACUCUGGCAUGGAACUCGAAAUAUUGAAUGGCACGCUUCCACUCUCCACCUUUCACUAGCCAAACCCGCUAUCCUCUGUUAAAGUCUGCAAGAGGGAGACACAUAGGCCAACAACAAACAAAACUGUCUGACUCUGGAUCCUCAAACGAAUCAUCAUCAUCAGACAAAGACGACAACCACGGCAAAGCAGCAACAGCGGGGUUACUUUCAACAGCAGCAACGGAAACGGGCUUUUGCUGGUUCGGUGGAGCAUGCAGGAACGACGUCGUGGAGGCAGGGGAUGGUGAGAGGAGGUGGAGGAGGAGGAGGAGGGGAGAUAGUGGAAGUUGAAGGGGGACACAUUGUGCGGUCCACGGGGCGGAAGGAUCGCCACAGCAAAGUUUGCACUGCCAAAGGGCCGCGCGACCGGCGGGUGAGGCUAUCGGCCCACACCGCAAUUCAAUUCUACGACGUGCAGGAUCGGUUGGGCUACGACCGGCCCAGUAAGGCCGUGGACUGGCUCAUCAACAAAGCCAAGGACGCCAUCGACCAACUCGCGCAUCUCCCUCCCUGGAAACCCACCCUUCCGACAGCAAACCACCUAAACGACGACGAAUCAGACAAAACAAACCCUAAUAACCCGAACUCAACUACAAACACUAGCACAAACCCUGAUGCUGAAAUUCUGAACCAGUUCAACGAGAACCUUGAGAACGAUGAUGGUGGAGGAGGAGGAGGAGGUUCGAGUUAUCUUCCCUUGGAUAACGACGCUAUAAGAUCGUUCUUUCCCACAACGACGUCGUCGUUGAUUCAGUUCCAAAGCUACCCACCGGAUUUGCUUUCGAGGACGAGCAGCCAGGAUUUGCGUCUAUCGCUUCAGUCCUUGCAGGACCCGAUUAUGCUCCACCAUAACCAAAACGAGCACGUGCUUUUCGCUGGAGCCGGGUUUGAUAAUAUGGGAGCGUGGAACAACAGUGGGAAUGCUACUAAUGAUACUCAUGGUGGUGGAGGUGGAGGAGGGUUCGUGGUUAACGCUCCCUCUCCUUUUCCGGGGCCGGCGACUGUUGCGCCGCCGGCGGUGGUUUUUGGCUAUGGUAAUGGGAAUGGUCAAGGCCAGUAUUUUUCUCAGAGGGGACCCCUUCAGUCCAGUAACACCCCGUCCGUUCGUGCGUGGAUUGACGCGCCGUCGUUCGUGGCCGCCGCCGAUCAUUAUCAUCGGCAUCACUACUUGUCACCGGCGGCUGCGGCGGCGUUGGUGUAUCAGUCAUCUCCUUCUUCGGCAUUUGCGCCCGGGGGCUUCUCGGGAUUCCGCGUGCCGGCACGAAUUCAGGGUGAAGAGGAGCACGACGGCGUGUCCGAUAAGCCGUCCUCUGCUUCCUCCGAUUCUCGCCGCUGAACCGCCGAUUGCGGACUUCGUUCCUUCAGUUGCUGACUCCGAAACCCUACUUGUGUGGUCUAUUUCUGCAGCGAGGAGGCGAAGGAUUCGGAUUCGGAAUGAAUGGUUCGGUUCAGUGGAGUAUGCUUGUGGAAUGAAGAAAAUCUGGGGUUGAAUUUCCAGGUUUUUAAAUUCUCCUGAUUGUUAUGUUAAUUUUUUUAUUAUCAUCAUCAUUAUGUAUGUCAUGUUUCGUCAGGGAGACUUUUAGGUUUGGGUAUUGUUGUGUGUUGGAUUGAAUGUUUGAUGUUUUGUUGCAAUUUGUAGUGACCGUGUUUGUACUUGGAUAUCUAGUUUCUUAGUUUUGUAUUGAAAACGUGCACGCAGCUGUUACU